AACACAAAACACAGACACACGAUCACAAAUUCACAACUGGAAGAUAUGCCAUGGAGCCUGACACACAACCAACUCUUACUCCUGGUGCUUUCAAUCCUCUGCUAACAGAGGUUACAAAUUUCUUAAUGAAGUUUCAUAGACCUGCAGAACGUCAUAGUGAAGAACCAGACAAGAAACAGAAAUGCUUGAGAACAUUUUACAGUAGUCAAGACUUGAAUCUGUUGUCAUUACCACCAAGAUAUACUACACUCAGAGUGAAUUUAUCCAGAAAAACAAUCAGUGAAGCACUGACCUUAGUUACAGAGGAAAUGAAGAAACAAUUUAAAGGGCAUUUUUAUGUUCCUGCUGUGUAUCCUCAUCACAUAUUGCCUGACUUGUUAGUGGUGGAGACUCGCGGUGUGCAGAUUGUUACUCCAGCCAAGAAAGAAGUUAUCGUAGGGAAGAUGUGUGGGUCUGCCGUCUUACGUGGGGCAGAAGUUUAUGCUCCAGGUGUCUUGGGAGUCACCCCUGGAGUGGGUGUUGGUGAGCUUGUGGCUGUUUAUGUAGAUUUGGAUGACAAGUGCCUUAGAGGAAGUAAGGGGUUUGAUGGCAGGAAAAUGUUCAUUGGAAACGGAAUUGCAAUGCAGGCCAGAAAAGAACUCUUUACCAAAGGGAAGCCUUCCGGCUUAGCAGUUUCAAUGAAAGACCAGAUAUUUGAUUGCCCAAGUUUAGGUAAUUUUCAUCAAGACUUUCUCUUUUUACAAAAUUUGCCUUCAGUAUUAUGUAGUCACAUUCUUAGACCUAGUGAACAUGCAGUAGUUUUAGAUAUGUGUGCAGCACCAGGAGGGAAAUCAACACACAUUGCAUCUCUGAUGAGUGGCACAGGAUCUGUCAUUGCCAUAGAUCGAUCCCAAAAUAAGAUUAAUCAGAUUACUGAAAAUGCAGAGAGGCUAGGUUUGAAAAAUGUAAUUGCUAUUAAAUAUGACAGUACUAAACUUUUAGAGGAAGUAGAGCCAACUGAUAAAAGCAUCAUCUCAGAUGUCCAACCACAUGAAAACAGUCUUAAAUGUUUGAUUCCUCCUUAUAAAUCAGCCUCAUUUAAAUGGAUACUUCUUGAUGCUCCAUGCAGUGCUUUAGGACAACGUCCACAGCUUCAGACCAAAGCCAGUGUUAAGGAGAUACAGUCAUUCCCUGUGAUACAGAGGAAGCUGUUGAGGAAUGGUAUAAAACUCCUUGAACCAGGAGGGACACUUGUGUAUAGUACAUGCACCAUUGUGCCUGAAGAAAAUGAGGAAAUGGUGAAGUGGGUUUUGGAUAAUUUUGCAGAUAUCAAGCUAGUGGAUGCACAGCCUAAACUAGGGCUGCCAGGGCUGCCGAACUGUGGCUUGAAUGAAGAACAGUGUAACAAAGUACAAAGGUUCGGUCCUAGUUUUAUGGUCAGCUCACCAAUUGAGGGCAGCGUUGACAGUGAUACCAUUGGAUUUUUCAUUGCUGCAUUCUCAAAAGUUCAAACAUAGCCGCGGUGUGAUUUACUAGAUAUUAUUUAAUAUAUUCACCUCAGAAUGUAAAUAGAUGGUCAUUCAGUUUCAUUAUUAUUGUACGUGUGUUGACUUGGAACCAUUGUAAAUUUAUAUAAUAUUAUGAAAUAUUUGUGUUUUGAGAGACUUUUAUAUUAUUGAAAUCUUUUUAUAUGUUUAUUGGAAAUAAAGACAUUUAUUUUCUCUGUUCAAAAAUCAAA